AUGGCACCAAUUGAGCUUGCCAGUCGAUCCGGAGGCGCCGCAAGGCGUCUUCUGACUCGCACGCGACCAUACCUUUCCGCAUCCUCAUGCCUGCCGAUCAGGAGGGCAUUCGCGACCGCCCAGGACGUUGAGCAGCAAGAUGCCGAAAUGCGAAGGCUUCUGCCCAAAUCCAUAAAGCCCGACACCUACCGCAGACUCCAUGACAACCUUCUCAAGGUCCGCCACGUUCUCGGACAACAACGCCUCACCCUCGCCGAGAAGAUCCUCUACAGCCACCUGGACAACGUCGAGGAGUCGCUCCUCACAGAUACCGAGAACGGACGCAACAUCCGCGGCAGUGCCAACCUGAAGCUCAACCCGGAUAGAGUCAACAUGCAGGAUGCGUCGGCGCAGAUGGCGCUUCUGCAGUUCAUGUCUUGCAAUCUCGCCAAGCCCGCCAUUCCGGCCAGCAUCCACUGCGACCACUUGAUCGUGGGCUCCAAGGGCGCCGAGAGCGAUUUGACCGACGGAAUCAGCGUGAACAAGGAGGUUUUUGACUUCCUCGAGUCUGCUGGGCGCAAGUACGGCAUGGACUUCUGGCCUCCGGGCGCGGGUAUCAUCCACCAGACGGUCCUUGAGGUCUAUGCUCUCCCGGGCAUCAUGAUGCUGGGAACAGAUAGCCACAGCCCCAAUGCUGGUGGUCUUUCCACUAUCACCAUCGGUGUCGGUGGCGCCGACGCCGUUGAGGCCUUGGUCGGCGCUCCUUGGGAGUUGAAAGCCCCUCGCGUGCUUGGUGUCAAGCUCACGGGCAAGCUGAACGACUGGGUUUCCCCCAAGGACGUCAUUCUCAGCCUCGCUGGAAAGCUGACCGUGCGUGGCGGAACUGGAUUCAUAGUAGAGUACUUCGGCGAGGGCGUCGAUACUCUCAGCGCUACCGGCAUGGCUACUAUUUGCAACAUGGGUGCCGAAGUCGGUGCCACAACCUCCAUCUUCCCCUACACCGCCGCCUCGGAACGCUACCUCCUCCAAACUCGUAGAGAGGCUCAACACCGUGCUCUCGACGGCUACAAGAAGUGGGGAAGUUUCGACUUCAGGGCCGACGAGGGUGCUCAGUACGACCAAGUUAUCGAGAUCAACCUCUCCGAGUUGGAGCCCCAUAUCAACGGACCCUUCACCCCUGACUUGGCCACCCCCCUGUCUGCCUUCAAGAACACUGUUCAGCAGGAGCAGUGGCCCGAAGUUCUGUCUGCCGGUCUCAUUGGCAGCUGUACUAACAGCUCUUACGAGGACAUGACCAAGGUCGAAAGCAUGGUUAAGCAGGCCGAGAAGGCCGGCUUGAAACCCAAGGCUCCCUUCUACAUCACUCCCGGUAGCGAACAGAUCCGUGCGACUCUCGAGCGUGACGGUACCCUGAAGACCCUAGAGGGCGCCGGAGGCAUUGUUCUCUCGAACGCUUGCGGUCCCUGCAUCGGCCAGUGGAAGCGGCAGGACGAUAUCCCCAAGGGUCAACUCAACGCUAUCUUGACCUCUUACAACCGUAACUUCAAGGGCCGCAACGACGGCAAUCCCGGAACCAUGAACUUCCUCGCUUCUCCCGAGAUCGUCACGGCCAUGGCAUAUGCAGGCGCGACCACCUUCAAUCCCAUGACGGACAAGCUGCAGACCCCUGACGGGAAGGACUUCAAGUUCGCCGCCCCGCACGGCCUCGAGAACCCCAAGUCUCCCUUCGAGUCCGGCGUCGCAUCGCUUCAGGCCAUCUCUCCCGAGACACACAACCCCGACAUCCAAGUUGCCAUCGCUCCGACCUCGGAGCGUCUCGCCUUUCUUGAGCCUUUUGCGCCCUUCCCCGAGGGCGACCUGAGCGGCCUCAAGGUCCUCGUCAAGGUCACUGGAAAGUGCACCACCGAUACCAUCUCCGCCGCCGGACCCUGGCUCAAGUACAAGGGUCACCUGCCCAACAUCAGCACCAACACCCUCAACACGGCCGUCAACAAGGAGACGGGCGAGGUCAACGCCGCCUACGACGUUGACGGCUCCAAGCACACCAUCCCCGAGCUCGCCCAGAAGUGGAAGGAGCGCGGUCAGGAGUGGCUCGUCGUGGCCGAGCACAACUACGGCGAGGGCAGCGCGCGCGAGCACGCCGCCCUGCAGCCGCGAUACCUGGGCGCUCGCGUCGUACUGACUAAGUCGUUCGCGCGCAUUCACGAGACCAACCUCAAGAAACAGGGUGUCGUACCCCUGACGUUCGCGAACGAGGCCGACUACGACAAGAUCGCGGCUUGCGACGAGGUCAGCACCGUCGGCCUGUACGAGAUGCUGCAAAACGGCGGCCAGGGUAAGGUCCAACUGCUUGUCAAGAAGAAGGACGGUUCCGAGGUGCUGAUUCCGACGAACCACGCCGUCACCAAGGACCAGGCAGGCUUCAUUCUUGCGGGUAGCGCCUUGAGCAUGCUUGCCAAGCGGAACCAGGCAUAG